AUUCAAAUUCCUAAAAAUAAAUCACUAUAUAAAAAACAAAAAAAAAUAUUGUUGUUUUUCGAACAAAAAGUGUGUCGAGUCGUUGCAAUUGUACAUGUGUGUCUGUGUAUUUAGUUAUAAAUAAUAAAAAAUUUGAAACACGGUGGUAUUUUACAAUUUUCAAAGAAAAAAAAACGUGCAAGUAAAAUACUCAUAUAUGUACAUACACUUAUUUGAAAUAUCUGUGUUUAUAUUGGUAAAAUAAAUGUAAAUAUUUUUGGAAAAACAGAAUAAACAAAUAUUUGUAACAACAACAAAACAUUUGCUUUAUAAAUCAUAAAAUAUUAUUAAACAACUAUUAAGCAGAACAAUUACACAAUCUUCAUAAAAAUCCAAUGAUAUAUCUUAGCUGAUUCAUCAAACAUGUCGAAGAAACCCCGAGGGAACAUUCAUAAAAUUCGUGAAUUCGAAUUAGAAAAGAUACAUUUGGUCGAUGAGUUUGAUAUAUUACAAAUCGUUGGCGAAGGAUGGUUUGGCAAAAUAUUGUUGGUCGAACAUCGGGCCUCACAUACAGAAAUGGUUUUGAAAGCAGUUCCCAAACCAUAUGUAUCAUUAAGAGACUUUUAUAGAGAAUUUCAUUAUGGUCUACAUUUGGGCAUACAUCGAAAUAUUGUGACGACAUAUGAUGUGGCCUUUGAGACAGCCGGCUUUUAUGUUUUCACUCAAGAAUAUGCACCACUGGGUGAUCUUACUUCUAAUGUCACCGAUACGGGAGUUGGUGAAGUUUAUAGUAAGCGGGUGGCCAAACAAAUUGCUUCUGCUUUAGAUUACAUGCAUUCAAAAGACAUAGUCCAUCGUGAUGUUAAACUGGAUAAUGUUUUGAUAUAUCGUUCCGAUUUUUCACGUGUCAAAUUAUGCGAUUUCGGAGAAUCAUAUCAGACUGGUACAGUCGUCGAAAGACGCAAUGAAUGGCUGCCCUAUAGUCCACCAGAAGUAUUAGAUAUAAAACCUGAGGGAACUUAUAAAGCCGAUCCCAGUCACGAUGUUUGGCAAUUUGCCAUUGUUAUAUUCGUAUGUCUAACAGGCUGUUUGCCAUGGCAAAAAGCUGCAUCCGAUGAUCCUCGUUAUGUGCGCUAUUUAAUCUGGCAGAAUACCAUGAUGUUGGCGAUACGACGUACACCAAAGUUAUUUAAACUUCUAUCGUCAAAAGCACAACGUAUGUUCAAGAGAUUUCUGGAGCCCAGAGCAGACAAAAGACCGAAAAAUCUCACCGACUUGACAAAAUUUUUGGAUGAUCGUUGGUUGGCAAAGACGGCAGAAAAGGAAAUGGCUGAAUAUGAAACAGAUGAACUGUGUCCGUCUAUGUAUUCAUUUCACAGUAGUCCUGAUGAGAAGAAUCGUUUGCUAUAUAAUUUGGCCGAUUGUGGCAUUGAGACAAAUGUUGACAGGCAUACUAAGAAAAUGCGUAUCAAAGAAUGGAUUGAGUCAUCUGUAAUAACAGAAGAAGAUGAGGAGGAACUUGAUGAGAACAAUUCAGCAUCAUCGCCAUCUUCUUCGGUAUCGCGAGAACCAGUUCGAGGUCAUAUAUCAUCGUUGCGCACUCCCUCCACAGAAAAACCAAAUGAAAUUAAAACUACUUUAAAAGAUGCCAAUCAAAAACAUUUUGAUCCACGUACUGGAGUGGUACAGCAAGGUCCAAGUGAAAUGGGUGUAGUUGCCAGACAAAAAUCAGCUAGUCCCUUUUCAACGGCCAGUAACAUGUCCAUGAUGAAUAAUAACGAUAGUUUGGCCGGUAGUAUUCUAACCUUAGGCUCACGUCCCGAUUUACUAGCAAGUAACAUGGAAAUCUAUAAUUCCAAUAGUACAGAUCUUAAUCGUUUAGGUGAGCUUAAUGGUAGUCUCGACCAACUGUCAUACCAAACGCUUAGCAAUAGUAAUUUAGUAUUAACACCAGCCCAGGGAGGUGAUUUUGUGGCAACUCCACAACAAUUGGCUACAACUAAAAAUUCGAUUGGCGUUAAUACGGGACGUUCUCUAACACCUAAUAAAAGUAUUUUACAAAAUUCCAAUUCGAAUUCACUCAGAGCCGCCCUAUUUUCCAGUACUCCAACUUUAGAUAACAACAAUAGUUUUGUAUGGAAUACGCCAAACACUGCAGCCCAACAAUCUAACAGUAAUAACAACAAUAAAUCUGUUACCUUUAUGGGCCUGGCUAAUUCUUUUCAAACUUUUGCACCCAUCAUAAUGCCUGCAAAUCUAAAUAUUAAUAUGAAUAAUACCAAUACUUCCAAUACUAAUCAAAUAACAUCCUCGCAAAAUCAGUACCCAAACAACCAACCACAGCCAUCCUAUCAAUAUAACAACAAUAAUAAUGCAAAAUCUCCUUAUUAUGAUUCUCCAGUUAAAGACAGUGCUUAUGGAUCUUCCGAAAUUAAUAAUGAUGUUUAUACUUCGUAUCAGCCAACAUCGAAUGGUAAAUUAAAUGGUAAUACACCCAACUCAUUCAUGCGACAGAAUACCCUGUCGUCUACAGUACGAACACAAAGCUCUCAGCAACAGAGAGGCUAUACGGGAGCCUUGACAUCGAGUAUGAAAGAUACAGCGUACGAUCGACCGAUGGUAAAUAAUGUAAGGAGAAAAUGAACAUUUACGAUUACGAUAAUUUAAAGUCACUCACUUUAAAUACUCCUAUACUAAAUAUAUACAUAUUAAUAUUUAAUAUAA